AUGGAUUACUUUACAAACCGAAAUGGCCUAGAACUAGCCUGCCGCUUUUCAAUUAAAAAUCAAGACGAUAAAAAAAUUUCUAUAGUUUGCCAAUUAUCAUUAACAGAAAUUUUUAUUCUCACUCCCCUCCUUUCCGUGAGCAAACAAAAUUUGAAAAAAAUUUUUAAUUAGAGAUUUGAUUAUUAACUAAAUACCAAAAUAAUUUUUUUAUAAAAUAUUCUGUUUACUUUUCAAUUAAAUCAAUAUUUUGCAUUAAAAUUAUUUCGAAUUUAAUAUAAUAAUUUUUUUUGAAAAUAUUUUUGUUCGAGAAGUUAGUGAAUUUUUAUUCGAAAACUUGAAUUGCAACACUUUUGGAUUUAAUUUUACAGGCAAUGGGAACAGCCAAGGUGAGCAUACUUAUGCUGGCUUUGAAAGAGACGCCGGCGAUAUAGAUGACGCUAUAAAAUAUUUAUCUUCUCUAGGAUAUAAAGUAGAAGCAAUUAUUGGGCACUCAAGAAACGCUAUCAACGUCAUUGUUUACUCUGCUUUAUAUGGCCAAGUUAACAAAAUUAUCGCCUUAGCUCCAAGAUUUCAUAUGAAUCCUCUACCGAAAUUUUUACAAGAUGACUUAGAAAUAAUUCACCAAAAUAAAGAAAUUGUUCACUCUGCCUUUGGAAGGGGGUGGAAAUGCACAUGGGAUAUGAUACAAGAAUUAAUAAACACAGAUAUGCCAUAUUAUUGUAAAAGAGCAAAAGGAGAUAUUUAUAUCCUUCAUGGGGAUGCUGACGAAAUAAAUCCUUAUUGAGAUUCUUUAGAGUAUGUUAGUGAGCUGAAAGAAAAAUGCAAAGGACAUUUUACGUUAAAUUGCGAUCAUUUUUUUAUUGGAGUUUUCGAUGAAGUAAUCGAGAUAGUCUUUUAA